AUGGACGCUCAUCCCAAGCUGCUGCGAAGUGUCUCCGCUCCGAGCGUCUCCUCCUCCACCACCACCGGCGGAGCCGCAACUGCUUCGCAGCACUCAGAUGAUGAUGACCUGGAUGACGUCUGUGACAUGUGGGCUCGCAUGAAGACCGUGCCCGCCCCUGCAGUUGCCACCGGUGCUCCAAUGGCCAAGAGCUCGGACUUGGGCAAAUGGUUUGAAGAUGCCAGGGAUAUCCAUGCCUGCCGUAACUUGCUCUUCGAGCAGCACUGGUUUAGAACCGAUGCCCACGGAAGGUCCUUCCGAGAAUUCCCAGCAUUGACCGACGAGUUAAGGCUGUGCCCGGCUUUCAACGGUAAGAAAAACUGCUGCCAAAGCGGCCUGGAGCAUGAGCAAGCGCUAUAUUUUGCCUACUGGAGACAGAUCUUCAAGAGCAAGAUCACGCGGGUCAAGCAGUCACAGAUGGCAACCCUUCAAGUGCAGAGCGAGCCGAUAUUCAACAACGAGGAUGGUGAGCAGGACCGCGAGCAGUUCUGGUCUGCCCUCCGGAAGUACGAGAAGAUCCUGGACCCAAGUGCCGGCCACGCGCGCUGUCUGUCCACACUCCUAGUGUAUGUGGCAGGCAUGAUCUGCUUCGGCUGCGACGCUGCCUGGAAACGCGAGGUCCACUUAGGGGCCACAGGGAAGCUUCUGAGGGUACUUAUCCCAGAAGGCAACUGCAUCGAGCUUUGGACGCAGUGUGCAGAGUUUGGUGCCCAAGCGCGGCAGCUACGGGAAGCCGUCUUGGACUCAAGCUUGGCGAUGCGUGCCAGGCUACCCUUGGAAUAUCUGCAGAUGUUUGAGGACCAGCAGCACUUGUGCGAUUGGGCCCACGACGUCAUUGCCAUGCACCCUUUCACACGGCCUGGCGAGGUUGAAAGGGAAGGCACACCACCGGUCCGAGAAAUUGGGGGUCGCCGGCUCGCCAACACCAGCGGAAGCUUCUCCGAAUUGACUGUAGAGUACGACGUUAUGAAGGAGGGACGAUCUUCGGGCUUCGACACGUAUUGGGAAGGAAUGCGCGCACAAAGCUCUUGCCACAGACUUGAUGCCUCCUCAUUCGCCAUCAUCCUUGCCAUGCUGGCCACAUGGCACAUUUUUGAAGGGCGUGCGGAAGAGAUGAGGCCUUGA